GUUCUCUUCCCUUUGGAUUUUCCCACAAAUGAAAACAGAAGUUGAUUUUGAUUUCGACCACUUGAAACAAAACAUUCAAACCUGUCAUUGCCAGUGGUUCAUAUUGUCGACGCUAAUGGUCUUUUGCCCAUCCUAUGAACUGAGCAUCUGAUCCUGUAAUGUGUGCGCUGCUGUAAUGGAACAGCUCAGUGACGUUGACUGGGAUGUGCUGAUCUCCGGGACUGGCUUGCCCCAGUCCAUACUUGCACUAGCACUAUCUCGCUCAGGUAAAAAUGUUCUCCAUAUUGACAAGAAUGGCUACUACGGAGGGCCGGAUGCAGCCUUCAGCCUCCAAGAGGCCGAAGACUGGGUAACAAAGAUCAACGAGGCUCCGGACUCUACUCCCUUUGAGUCUGCUUCAAUUUCCACUUUACCCGCUUCAUCAGAGGAUGAAGGAAGCAGCAAACUUUUGCCUUCAAGAGCAUAUACACUCUCUUUAUCUCCACAGCUCAUAUACUCCCGGUCAAGACUUAUCCCGAAUCUGGUUUCAUCUAGGAUAUAUCGACAGCUGGAGUUCCUGCCCGUCGGGAGUUGGUGGGUAUGCAGAUAUGGAGAUUCAGUUAGCUCUUCCUUGAUAACUCGAGUACCUGGAAGUCGGGAAGAUAUCUUCGCUGACGACAACAUGUCGAAUAAAUCGAAGAGAUCUCUGAUGAAAUUCCUCAGGUAUCUUGCCCAAACGUCUGUGGAUGAUGGAAAUGAGGCUGGUGAAGAGGACAGUGAUCUAAAUCUUCCCUUUGCUAAGUACCUCAUGUCAAAUUUUCAUAUUCCGUCAGACCUCCAUGACCCCCUUACAUCAUUAUCCCUCUCUUCUCGACCGUGGGAUGAGACGAGCACUAGAUAUGCGGUGCCCAGGAUAAGAAGGCAUUUGGGAUCAAUUGGGGUCUUUGGCGUCGGCUUCGGCGCUCUGCUUCCGAAAUGGGGCGGUGGUCCGGAAAUAUCACAGGUAGGAUGUCGGGCAUGUGCAGUCGGUGGCGGCGUCUAUGUCCUCAAUAAGGGCAUCAGGCAUGUAGAAGUGCCAACGCCAGGGCCUCAAAAUGGCGGUGAUGAUCGGGGACUACGGGUUCAGCUCUCUGAUGGAGAGACUGUGCGGAGCAAGUUUGUUGUGGGAUCGCCAUGGGAUUUACCAGCAGAAACUCAACGCUCAAAACCCACUUGUACAAAGAUUUCUCGCUCGAUCAUGGUCGUGUCAUCUUCGCUUCAGAGCCUCUUUCCGCCUACAUCGGAAGGCGGCCCCAUACCAGCCGGAGCGGUUGUUUUCGUUCCUGGACCAUUUGGAACGAGGCAGCCCCCGAUAUACCUAAUUGUCCAUUCCAGCGAUACCGGGGAAUGCCCAACUGGCCAGUGCGUAAUAUACGGCAGCAAGCUCCUAACAGACAACGACGAUGGGGAGUCGCUCAUUCAAUCCGCAGCCACCAACUUUCUCACAUCUGUCGACCCGGAAGCAAAAAUCCUCUGGAGCCUCCGAUAUACCCAGUCGGGCGUUCUCGACGAAGAAACGUCAUUAUCUCCAUCUGCAGAAUUAUCCCCAGUCUCAGACAGUUUCUCGGGACGUGUAUUCUCGUUUGCGCCGCCAAACCUAGACCUAUCAUUUGACGAUGGGAUGCUUGAGCAGGUGCGAGCUGUCUGGGAAGCUGUUACUGAGGGGGAUGCGGAGAGGGGGGAGUUUUUGCAGUUCGAGGACCGAGAGGGAACUGGAGGGGAGGACGGCGAUGGGGAGGAAGCUGGUCUUAACUAGAUGAGAUAGUGUACAGACAACGAGAUUUUUGGAUUGAACCUUCAACAGGAAAAACUGAAUGAAGCGUCCUCUUGCGAUCUUACGUAUGUAUUCAACGCCAUCUUCGUUGGAUUUUUGCCGUAUAGAUGAAACGCAAAUCAUUUUGAUAUUCCGCUGCCGUUGCCAUUGACCAGAUCAGAGAUAAGUUACCCACGCCAAGUUAAGCAUCGAAGUCCCCGCCCAGGUGGGUGCGCUCUAUAUAAGAUAGUUACCAAUCUGAUACAUAGUUAUCAGUCCCACUCCAACCAAAAAAAAGUUCCAAAAAGAAAGAAAAAUGAUCUUCCUUAUCCGCCGCGUCACUCCUCCAUCUCUGUUCCGUGCAUAGGCAUAGCCAGCCUGCCUUGGAAAGUUAAACGUGAUAAACAGCCGAAACAGAGCGUUUGAAAUUCUCUUUCCAUACCUACCUAACCUACCCACCUUCCUUCCUCCAGACUUCCUCUCCUCCUUUAUCCAGCGGUUCCAGUCAGUCUCGUCUCGGGUCGAGGCGCGCCGGCAUUCUCUUCCCCGCAUGCUCUUUCUAUUUUAUUUCUUUCUUUAUUUCUCUCUCUCUUUUCCGUCCAAUUGCCGAAACGCAAACUCAGAUGCGAGGAAAAUAAAAUCAGUGACUUGAAGCGACGCAGAGAGUCAAUGAGUCAUCACAUGCUGUGAACAUUGCAUGAUGUGAUGUACAAGUAUGUAUGUAUGUGUGUAUGAAAGGAAAUAUAUAUAUUUAAUGAAAACCACAGCAGACCUGCUUUCAUAUUAACUAAAGAAAAAUACAAAUGAAAUUUUCAAGUUUGAAUAAAAGUUAGUUUUUACCCUGUGAAAUAAAUCCUCAGGACAAAUGCUAUUAGAGAGAGUAGCUGAUUAUCUGAUUAUAUAAAUAAAAAUAAAAAUAAAGUGAUGAAAAUGAG